AUGUCAAGAACCGCAUUUAGAUGAAAAUUAAGUAAAUAUAUAAUUUGAUUGUUAUUUUACCUAAAAGCGGAAAGUGUUUAUUGUGUAACCCAAAAAGGCAUAUCUGUUCGUUACACUCCUAGUGUGGCCCCAUGACUCAACAUCUUAUUCAUCUAAUUUUUAGUUAUGACGCAAUAUACAAUAGUCUCGUUCUCGCUCAGUGCGCGUCGGUAGCUCUACCGAAUUGGUGUCUAUGUAUUGAAUUCGAAUAAUAGAAAUAUCUAUACCUACAGAAAAACGGUGUUAUGUUCAAGGAUUGAAAGAAGAACAAUUUUUAUAAACAAGAAAUGGAAAAUAAAGAAUUUCGUGAUUAUGCCGUGGUUAAAAUUUUGCAUCCAAUUCGAACAGACCUUAAUGAAUAUGAAUUCAUACCAAGUUGUUGGAUACAAUUUACAGAUCAAACUAAUUCUAAUGUAGUGAUUCGUUAUCCUGUGGUAGGUAAACUGUUGACUUCUCUAUGGAUCUUGGAAAAAGAGCCUGUUAAAAAUGAAUGGCCAUUAAUUUUUGCGGAAUUUAUAUAUGAAACAGAUGACCAAAUAGACGCGAUGAGAGUUGCAUUGGAAAAGAAAGAAGAAAAAUCACAAUCCAUUACAAAUGAUCAGUUGAAUGAAAAAUCGGAUACAAGAGGUGCAAGAGAAACUUCAUCAACUGCAAAACGAAAUGAAAAGAAGUCAACAAAAAUAAGUUGUAAAAUAGUCAAGCGUAGACUUAGUAAAGCUAAAAGACUUUCUUUGCUUAAUCAAACUAAAUCUAAAAUAAUAGAUUACUUGCAAACUUUGGAGAAAGGAAUUUCUGAAACGAUAUCAUUACUAGAUCAACAGGAUUCUAAUAACCUAAAAGAUCAAUCAGGUCCAACUCAUGAAACAUUAGAUAUUUCACCGAAUCAAAAAGUCGAUGACAUUCCAAGUACUAGUAUUGAAAGACCUAAAAGAAAUAAAAAAACUGUAGAUUACAAAACUUAUUUAACAACUUCAGACGAAUCAUCUGAUUUUGAAGAAUCCGACGACUGCGAAUAUCAAUGCCCGCUAGAAAUUUCUCCCAGCAAUGAUAUGUCAUCUCCAACAGAAAUAGAAUCUGCUAUAUACAUAACUCCUUCAACAUCAAAUUCAUUCACUACAGGAAUUGAAAUCCCUUAGAUUCCUGAUAAUCAAUCAACUGUUGCACCAAAUCAAAAUAAUAAUAAUCAGCUAACAGAUGAAGAACUUUAUGAUAGAUAUUGAAAAUUUGGGCCAAUGCUCUGGAAAGCUGCUUAUGAUAUUAGUUAUUCAGUAAACGAAUCCAUUAUUUGCUUAAACCAAAUGUUUCCCUCGACGAAUAAUAAUAAUAGUACAGUGUCAUCAUAAAAUGUAUCCUCCAAUAUUAUUUAAUUGCUUCUAUUUCUUUACAAAAUAAUAAUAUCCUAUUUAUACAUAUUUGACAUAACCUUUUUUUAAUUUUUAGACUAGGUAUCUAAAUAUUAAAAAAAAAUAAUUAUAAAUUAGGUACAGACAUAGUUUGGAUCUUGAGAAAGGACAUAUGAUAGUUUUUAUUACAAAAAAAUAAAAUAUAUUCCGGUCAUAUAGCGCCAUCUAUUGGUCAAACCAAAAAUCUGCUGGAAGUCACUAUUCGACGCGAACAAACGUGGGUAAAAGCUAGUUGUUAAUAAUACUGAACGAUCUGGUUGUAAACAAACUCGGAGUAUUGUACCCCUA